AUGCGAAUCCGAGACCUCCUCCCCAACCUGAAGCUCGGCCGUUAUCCUCCAGGUCCCUUAAACUCGAUCACCGAUGUUCCCGGUGUCUUGGUCCACACGCAGUCCAUCAUCCUGCCAAAGACGGCUCACCACCAUGAGGUCAACACCGGCGUCACCUGCAUCUUGCCACGCCGAGACUUCAUCGACCAUGGCUGCUAUGCGAGCGUCUUCCGCUUCAACGGAUGCGGAGAGAUGACGGGCAGCCACUGGAUCGACGAAACGGGCCUCUUGAACUCGCCCAUUGUUCUUACAAACAGCUACUCUGUGGGUGCCGCGUACUCGGGCAUCUACCAAUACUGCAGGUCUCGGCUUGCCGUCCAGCAGGGGCCGGAAAGGGGGCUCUGCAGCGGCUUCAUCCUGCCCGUAGUGUCAGAAACAUUUGACGGCUAUUUAUCUGACAUUGGGGCCAUGGCGGUGACUCCCGAGCAUGUUGCGCGAGGCAUUGAGCUCGCUUCUGCACAGCGGGUCCCAGAGGGAAACACGGGUGGAGGCACGGGGACAAUCUGUCAGGGGUUCAAGGGCGGAACUGGAUCGUCGAGUCGUGUCAUUGAUGGAUUGAUACUGGGAGGAGGAGGCGAGGGGAGCAAUCCGACAGCCGUCAAGUACACGGUUGCGGCGCUGGUGCAGACCAACUUUGGCACCAGCCGCGAUUUGAGAGUCGGGGGAGUCCCUGUUGGGCAGCUGAUGAAGGAGCAAGUCGCAUCGGAGGCCACGACUUCGAGACGUGAGGAUGAAGGGGUCAAAGACGGCAGCAUCAUCGUCGUCCUUGCCACCGACGCGCCGCUCCAUCCUCUGCAGCUGCAGCGGGUUGCCAAACGUGCUUCUGUUGGGUUCAGCCGGGUCGGGGGCUGGGGGAGCAACAGCUCGGGCGACAUCUUCCUCGCCUUCUCCACGGCGCACCACGUCCCGCGGGAUCCUGCCUUUAGCUGGAAGCCGACGGUUGGCCAAAGUGUUGAGGUGGUGCAGGAUGUCACGAGCAAUGCGCUGUUUGAAGCGGCUGCGGACGUGACCGAGGAGGCCAUCUAUAAUGCGCUUUGCUGCGCGGAGGACAUGAGAGGCCCGGCUGGGAGGUUUGUCAGGGCUUUGGACCUCCAUAAGCUGAAGAGCAUCGCCGACAAGUAUUUGUAG